AUGGGCGUCGUGGCGUGUGGGGAAGGCGGAGCCGAGGUGCUUGGCAGCUGCCCAAUCAGCGUCCUUGUUUGUGUGGUGCCGCCGCCGCCGGUGCAGCCGCCGCCGCCGCCGCUGCCCCCGUCUGUACCGCAGUGUCUGCUCCGCCCGCCUGCCCGGGUCCGGCCCGCCCCCCUCCCCCACCCCCGCCCCCGGUCCCGUCAGCGGGGUCCGGAACCUACUGUGCCGUCGCCUCUUCCUUUUUCGACGCCGCCGCCGCCGCCUGAGGAGGCGAGCUAG